AUGGUUGCUGGAAGGAAUGGUGAUGCUAUUGCUGAUGCAUUGAGGAUGUUGGUUGGAUCUCUUUGUCAGAUUCCUCAAAGGAACAAUUCACCUAUCUUUGAGGGAGAGCAUGAACCUGAUAAGGCGCAAGCUUGGGUGAAGGCGAUUGAGAAGAUCUUUCGGGUUAUGAAUUAUACUGAUGCGCAGAGAGUGCAAUUUGGUACUCACAUGCUUGAGAAAGAAGCUGAGGAUUGGUGGGGCAAUACUGCUCAGAGAUUUGAAGAAGAGGAGUUGAUCAAGUAUUGUCCUUAUUACAAUACUAUGAAUGCUGAGAGGUUGAAGUGUUUGAAAUUUGUGAACGGUUUGAGGCAUGACAUUAAGAAGGCUAUUGGUUACCGACAGAUUACUUGUUUUGUGGAGUUGGUUAACAAGAUUCGGAUUUAUAAUGAGAAUAGUAGGGAGAGUGCUUCUCAUUAUAAGGCUUUGAAUGAUAAGAAAGGUCAAUACCGUGGGAAACCAUAUGAUUAUAAGAAGAAGAAAGCUGGUUAUGAUGGAAAGCCAAGUGGGGGAGGAACUAGUGCUUCAGUUAAGUGUUUCAAUAGUGGUGUUGAGGGAAAUCGUGUUGUUGAUUGUCCCAAGGGUGGGGUGACAUGUUUCAAGUGUGGCAAGGAAGAAAUGUUGUUGGCAAGCCUUCAAGUUAAUAAUUUCUAUGAUUCUUCAGCAGUACAAAUUCACAAACACCCAUCAAACUCUCGAAAUGGAUACUCUCCAAAGACUUAG